GGGAAAAACGACAUCACUCACCUCCCUCUGUAUUCUGUCCUCUCACGUCUUAAAAAAAAUCAUUUCACCUGAUUGAAUCACCAAGCCAGUAAAUUAAAAAAUAAAAAUUCAAUCAAUCUCUGUGAGUUGCGAGAUACAGAGAGAGAAAUCGAAUCAAGGAGAGGAGAGGAAAUGGCGGAGGCAAGAGCAGGAGGAUGCUGUCCGCCGAUGGAUCUGUUCAGGUCAGAAGCGAUGCAAUUGGUGCAGCUUAUUAUCCCUAUCGAAUCUGCUCAUCACACCGUCUCUUAUCUCGGCGACCUCGGUCUCCUCCAAUUCAAAGACCUCAAUGCAGAUAAGAGUCCAUUUCAGAGAACUUAUGCUGCUCAGAUCAAAAAAUUUGGAGAGAUGGCACGGAAGCUACGGUUUUUCAAGGAGCAAAUGGUGAAGGCAGGUAUUACACCUUUGACUAAGCCUGGUGCACAAAAUGAAAUUGAUGUGGAUGACCUAGAGGUAAAACUUGGGGAACUCGAGGCAGAGCUGGUUGAAAUGAAUGCAAAUAAUGAUAAAUUACAGCGCUCUUAUAAUGAGCUUGUGGAAUAUAAGCUUGUCCUCAACAAGGCUGGUGAGUUUUUCUCUUCCGCCCUUAGGAAUGCAACUGCUCUGCAAAAGGAAUUGGAAUCCCAACAAACUGGCGAAGAAUCGCUAGAUGCUCCUUUAUUACAGGACAAAGAAAUAUUGAACGAGUCAUCAAAACAAGUAAAGUUGGGGUUUAUCACUGGCCUUGUUCCCAAAGAAAAGUCCAUGCCAUUUGAAAGAAUUAUAUUUCGUGCUACUAGGGGCAAUGUGUACAUCAGGCAGGCUGCCGUUGAGGAACCUGUUGUUGAUCCUGUUUCUGGAGAGAAGGUUGAGAAGAAUGUAUAUGUUGUCUUUUAUUCGGGAGAGAAGGCAAAGACCAAAAUACUAAAAAUAUGUGAAGCUUUUGGUGCAAAUCGCUACCCUUUCACUGAGGAUUUUGGAAAACAAAUUCAAAUGAUCUCCGAAGUUUCAGGAAGAAUCUCUGAGAUGAAGGCUGCUAUAGAUGCAGGAUUGUUUCACAGGAGUCAUUUGUUGCAGACUAUUGGUGAUCAAUUUGUGCAGUGGAAUACUUUGGUGAGGAAGGAGAAAUCCAUCUACCACACUUUGAACAUGCUCAGCCUUGAUGUGACCAAGAAGUGUCUUGUUGCUGAGGGGUGGAGUCCUGUUUUUGGUACAAAGCAGAUCCAGGAUGCAUUGCAGCGAGCUGCAUUUGAUUCCAACUCACAAGUUGGAACAAUUUUCCAGGUUUUGCAUACAACAGAGUUGCCACCUACAUAUUUUCGCACAAACAAGUUUACUUCUGCUUUUCAAGAUAUUGUUGAUGCAUAUGGGGUGGCAAAGUAUCAAGAAGCAAAUCCUGGUGUGUACACUAUAGUUACAUUCCCUUUUCUUUUUGCCGUCAUGUUUGGUGAUUGGGGACAUGGAAUUUGCAUGUUGCUCGCAACAUUAGUCUUCAUAAUCAGGGAAAAGAAACUUUCUGGCCAGAAACUUGGAGAUAUCACUGAAAUGACCUUUGGUGGUCGUUAUGUUAUUUUGAUGAUGGCACUCUUCUCGAUUUACACUGGUCUUAUCUAUAAUGAAUUCUUCUCAGUCCCCUUCGAACUAUUUGCUCCAUCAGCAUAUGCAUGCCGUGAUCUCUCUUGCAGGGAUGCUACCACAGAUGGUUUGAUAAAAGUGCGCCCCACUUACCCAUUUGGUGUAGAUCCUGUAUGGCAUGGCAGCCGCAGUGAGCUGCCAUUUCUCAACUCUCUGAAGAUGAAAAUGUCAAUCCUUCUUGGGGUUGCUCAAAUGAACCUUGGAAUCAUAUUGAGUUAUUUCAAUGCAACAUACUUUAAAAACAGCUUGAAUAUCUGGUUCCAAUUUAUCCCCCAAAUGAUAUUUUUAAACAGUUUGUUUGGCUAUUUAUCACUCCUUAUCAUUGUGAAGUGGUCCACUGGUUCACAAGCUGACUUGUACCAUGUAAUGAUAUACAUGUUCCUGAGUCCAACAGACGAGUUGGGAGAAAAUGAGCUUUUUCCUAGGCAAAAAACUGUGCAGCUAGUGCUAUUACUAUUGGCCCUUGUGUCGGUACCAUGGAUGCUGCUCCCAAAGCCUUUCCUUUUGAAGAAGCAACACGAAGCUAGGCACCAAGGUGAAUCGUACACACCACUUCAGAGCACUGAGGAGUCACUUCAGUUGGAGACAAACCAUGAUUCACAUGGUCAUGAGGAAUUUGAAUUCAGUGAAGUUUUCGUACAUCAGAUGAUACAUACCAUUGAGUUUGUACUUGGAGCAGUCUCAAACACAGCUUCCUAUCUUCGUUUAUGGGCCCUCAGUCUUGCGCACUCGGAGUUGUCUAGUGUAUUCUAUGAGAAGGUCCUUCUCCUUGCUUGGGGGUACCACAAUAUUUUUAUCCUUGUUAUUGGAGCCAUCGUCUUUAUUUUCGCGACCGUCGGUGUGUUGCUGGUGAUGGAAACUCUUAGUGCUUUCUUACAUGCCUUGCGUCUGCACUGGGUGGAAUUCCAAAACAAAUUCUACGAGGGAGAUGGUUACAAGUUUUAUCCCUUUUCAUUUGCUUUGGUAAAUGACGAGGAUGAAUGACGGCUCUGAUAUAAAAUCAUAGUUGCUGCCAAAGACGGGAAUCCACUGUGUAUGAGCAUGGAUUUGUUUGGGUUUUUUCAUUUGAACAUGAUGAGAGGUCAUUGGGUAUGUUGCGGGGAGUUUGAGGAAGCUUCUAUUUUUGGAGCAUUGCUUCGCUUGUCCAAUCCUUUAUUUAUCUCUUGUCCAAUCCUUAUUUGUUAUUGAAAGGACCAGGCAGCUUCCUAGAGGAAAGUUGCUUUAUGUAUGUGAUGGCAGUAUGGCCAGGUGUAAUAAUAAGGUUAUUUGAUUUAUUUAAAACUCCCACUAUUAUUAGUAUGUGGAAAGAUAGAAGAAAUAAAGUUGUCUGCGGAAAACAGACUUAUCUGCUUGUA